AAUCUGAAGUGGUUCAUUUUGAUGGGCAAAGUGCUCUGCUGUACUGACUUGAUACAAAAUCUAUAAAACCAAUGAGGGAUGUUAUUUCUUUGAAAUUUAAAGCCAUGCAGAGCAAUGGAAUUGUAUUCUACAGCGAAGGACAUCAUGGAAAUCACAUUACCCUGGAAUUAAUUAGAGGAAAGCUUGUCUUUUUUCUUAAUUCAGGCAAUGCCCAACUGUCCCCAACAGGCGCCCAUGUAAACCUCACCCUGGGCAGCCUUCUGGACGACCAGCACUGGCAUUCUGUCCUCAUCGAGCUCCUCCACACACAGGUCAACUUCACCGUGGACAAGCACUCGCAUCGCUUCCAUGCCAAGGGAGAAUCCAGUUACUUGGAUCUUGAUUCUGAGAUCAGCUUUGGGGGAAUUCUGACACCUGGAAGAUCACUGGCAUUCACACGUAGAGGCUUUCAUGGGUGUUUAGAAAAUCUUUAUAUAACGGAGUGGAUGUUAUUGAAUUAGUUAAGAUGCAAAAACCACCGAUCUUCAUUAUGGUAA